AGACAGUUAUGCUAGUUACAUGGGCCAUUAUGAUCUACUAAACUGCUUCGCAAUCGCAGAGAAUGAGUCCAAGGCGAGAGUGAGGUUCAAUCUGAUGGAGAAAAUGCUACAACCCUGCGGCCCCCCUCCAGAGAAGCCUGAAGAUUAACGAAAAUAUCAGCGAAUAAUAUAGGAGUAUUCCAAAGAUAGGCAUUUCAUUGCCAUACAAAAGAAUUCCAUCUGAUUUUUUUUCCAUUGAAGUGCAACUAUAUCGUAUACAAAACAUUGAAAGAACAUGCCGCUGGUGAUUUUCUGCGGCUUCCCUAGCAGUGGAAAGAGCUCUCGGGCAGCAGAGCUGCAGCAGUAUCUGUUUAGAGAGCAUCCUGAGAAUUGCGUGCAUCUCAUCAGCGAUCACACGCUCGGUGUCGAUCGGAACUUGGUGUUUGCCGAUGCGAGGCAGGAGAAGGAGCACCGGGCGGCACUGAAGGCCGCAGUGCAGCGCACGAUCGACAGACAUGCUGUCGUGAUCCUCGACUCACUAAACUACAUCAAGGGCUUUCGUUACGAACUGUUCUGCGUUGCCAAGGCCGCACAGACGCCGAGUUGCGUGGUGCACUGCGACGCAGCGGAGACCGUUGCUGCCGCGUGGAAUGGAGCGCGGGCGGAGGCUGAGAGGUAUGAUGACGACAUCCUACACAACAUCGUCGCAAGGUUCGAGACGCCGGACGGACGCCAUCGCUGGGACUCGCCGCUGUUCUCCGUUCAUCCGGGGGACGCAAUGCAGUGUCAUCUCAUAUGUGAUGCUCUUCUCCAGCGAAAAGCACCACCUCCGAACAUGGCAACGCAGUCCCAGCCACUGUCGUCUACGAACUUUGUGUACGAGCUCGAUAGAGUGACGCAAGGCAUUGUCGCUUGCGUGUUGGAUUCGCAGAAAACCAGUGUCGUCGGCGACAGCGUUCACGUACCAAGUUCUGAGGAGAAAGUUGAGUUAGUUAAGACGAUGAGCAUGGCGGAGCUGCGUGGGCAUCGAAGACGGUUUAUAUCAUACACCAAGACUCAUCCGAUGGAUAUCAACAAAAUCGGUCCUGCUUUCGUGCAGUUUUUAAACAAUAGCAUUAGGUAGAGGAACAGUGGCAUCCAAUCCUUUCUUUAGACAUCUGGCAAAAAUUUCUACUGUAAUGUUUGCUUUGCUAUCGUUAGUGUUAACUUUACUAAAUAAUGUUUUAAAAGUUUCCCUUUAUUAGUAACUGUUGUAGUACAUUGGUUAAUCUAUGUUCAUAUUAUGAUGUUUAACAAAUUACAAUUUUAGAUGAAUGUAGAAAUGUCAGUUGACAUUGUAGUAAAUAAAGCAAUCAAUAAAUACAUGAUUAGAUGUAUGUUCCAUCUUUGUCACCUGUGUUUUUAAUUAUGCGCAUUAAAAUUAAUUCACAUAGACUGGAA